UGGUCGCUGUAGGCGCCUUUUUAGGGCCUGAGAGCGCCACCAACAAAUGCAUAUCUAGUUGUAUUUAGCACAUCUUUUUCACAUCAAAACACAAAAUGGAGAAAUAUGACAAACUCAAAACUGUUGGUCGAGGUGCAUUUGGCAUUGUGCAUCUCUGCCGUUCUAUCAGCGACAGUCAGCUUGUGAUCGUCAAAGAGAUUCCAAUGGAUGAUUUAACAACCGAAGACCGAAUUGCUUCAAAAAACGAAAUAAAUGUCUUGAAGAUGUUGCAUCACCCAAAUAUAAUUGGGUACUACGACAGUUUUACUGCUGAAAAAUCGCUUAUGAUUGUAAUGGAAUAUGCACCAGGAGGGACUGUUUAUGAUUAUCUUCAGCAACGUUUAUCUCAGAAUAUGCUGCUUGAAGAGGAGGAAAUCUUGAAAAAGUUUGCACAGAUUCUGUUGGCAAUUCAUCAUAUUCACUCACAAAAUAUCUUGCACAGGGAUUUGAAAACACAUAAUAUCUUCCUUAGUAAAAACAGAAAGAUUUUGAAAAUUGGAGAUUUUGGUAUCAGUAAAGUGAUGACAAAAACAAAUGCCAGCACACUUGUUGGCUCACCAUACUACUUGUCUCCAGAACUGUGUCAAAAUCAUCCAUAUAAUCAAAAAAGUGACGUAUGGGCUUUGGGGUGUAUUCUUUACGAGCUGGCAACUCUCAAAAGACCGUUUGACGCUGAUAAUAUCAGCGCUAUUGUCUGCAAAAUCAUGAAAGGUCAGUACCAGCCGAUCUCAGAGCAUUACAGUCAGGAACUAAAACAGCUGAUCACCAGUCUUCUUCAUUUGGAUCCAGCAAGGAGGCCUAAUGUAAACAAAAUCAUGGCUCAAACAGUCAUGAUCAAUUCCCUUCUCGAUCUCUCAACAGACAUUGGUCGAGUGCCAUACAAAUUUGUGCCCAAGCCGACUGGUGGAUUUUCAGCAGCGUUACCGCCAAAAACAAAGCGUGUUGGCCAGUUAGAUACCAUCACUGCUUCGCGAUCCCCAACAAUAUCCUCACGAUCAUCAUCUAACUCGGGAACAACAAGAUUUGAUUCAGUAGCUUGGGAUGGCGGCACGGCGACGGAUCUUUCGUCUUUGUUAACAGCGCCGAAUACUUCAGCAGUUUAUUUCUGGGGCAGUGGUGUCAAAGUGCCCGCUCUGUUAGCUCUGCCUCAAGGAGAGCAAACGAUCUCCACCGUUUCUGUUGGAAGAACAUUGAAACUUGGUGUUACUGGUAAUGGCAGAGUUUUCUCUUGGGAGAAUCAAGUCUCUGCUGAGACAUUGAUAAGUGUUGACUCAUAUUUGGAUGGCGGGAAACCCACAGAGAGUGUGCUAGUGCCCAAGCUUCUCGAAGGCCUCUCUGGUGUCACUAUCACCCAGGUUUCCUGUGGAGACCUUUUUGCUGCUGUAUUGACAGAUCGCGGAAUGUUACUCACAUUUGGAAGUGGUUCUCAUGGCUGUCUCGGGCACGGUGGUAACACAGAUGCGACAAAACCGAAGAUUAUUGAAGCUCUCCUCGGAUACAGUGUGGUUCAGCUUUCGUGUGGUGCUGCCCAUGUCAUGAUCGUAACAGAUGCCGGAGACGUCUUCUCUUGGGGCAGAGGGGAUAGUGGCAGGCUUGGCAUUGGGUCAUCAGAGACAAAAUCUGUUCCGACAAAAGUGCCCGUUCCUUCUGGCUACAAAGCUGACCUUGUCAAAUGCGGUGUAGACUGCUCCUUUGUUUUGUCCAAAGAGAAGAUUGUUCUCGCUUGUGGAAAUAACAAGUCAAAUAAACUUGGCCUUUGGACAUACGUGAAGGACGGAGAAGCUCCAAAUCUUGUUCCAAUGACAUCACCUCCUCUUUGUAACGAGGCCAUCAGCAUGGUUCAGACAGGAACAUCACACACUGCUUUUCUCACUGACGAUGGCGUUUUAUACACUGUUGGAUCCAAUUCGUUCUUUCAACUUGGAUACCAGCGUGAGGACAAUGCAGUUACUCCGCAAAAAGUUUUAGCUCUAGAAGAUAAAGUCAUAACUUAUGUUGGAUGCGGAGACACGUUCACAUUGGCAGUUACUGAAGAUGGUGAAGUUUACACUUGGGGCAAAGGCAGAAGGGGACGCUUGGGAAGAGGCAGCGAAGAAUCAUCACCUGUGCCUGGACUGGUUCGAUUUCAAAACAAAGAAAGCAUGAAAAUUCAUUCGUUAGCUGUCAGUCACGGCAACACUCUCCUCAUUGCUAGCCAUCAAAAACAACUGUAGCCUUAGUACUUUUACCCUAAUGCUUGAUCAUUGGAUGAAAGUAUUAAACAUCAAGAAUUUUACAUUCGCUAAUUAUUUCUUUAGUGCAUAUCGGAAAAUAAUGGGAAAAUACAGAGAGAAUUAGCUAAAGACGUAUGCUUUGUAGUAGAGAUAGAAAGAUGAUUUGCACCCGAAUCAUUUUUAGAUUAUAAUUGCAACCCUGCCAUUUGAUGGACGUCGUUGACCGGGAUUUUUAAAUACCAUCCUUUAAAUCGGAAACAUUUUCUCUAUAAUUGGAAAUCUUUAUAGAUCUUUUCAAUCAAGUAGUCAAGUAGAAUUUUUCAGGCAAAUAGCGAUUUCUUUGGCUAAGCUUUUUUAUCAAGAAGGGUGACUAUGUGAUAAACCUCUCCAAUUCAUUUUUGGUGCACAGCUUCGCAUGGAAUGAAGAUUUUGUCUUGUCAGUAACCUGUUUUUGACUUUAUUAUUUAGAAUUUUCUUGCCGAAUAUAUUUUUAGAAAAAUGAAAUUGGGAAGUCAA